UAUAACUUUGUCAAUCAAAUUAUUUUGUCAUCAACAUGCUAAAAUAUUUCAUUUUGUCGCUAUUGUUUUGUGUUGCCUUGGCUGAACAAUCAGCAACUCACCAACUGCUGCACAUUUAUCCAGAAAAUGAUGUCCACUUGACAUUUCUGGAAAGUCUAAGAAAUAAAUACGAUGUGUGGUACGCCGCCAGCGAUCGUUACGACAUCCUCCUACCCCUCCCACAAGUUCAGUCUCUACAGAUUGAAUUGCAAGACGCAGGCCUGACCUCAAAAAUUUUCAUUGAAGAUAUUAAUAAAAUUAUCGAUGAUGAAAGAGAGCGCUUAAGAGUAAAGGCCCCAGGAUUUGAUUACGAAGACUUCAACAACUUGACUAUGUGUAACCAAGAGUUGGACAAAAUUGCCGCCAAAUGCAUUCCUGGGUUUGUUUGCACGAUCGACUCAAUCGGAGACUCGACAGAAAAAAGACCCAUAAAAAGAUUAAAAAUAUCGCGAAGAGAUUCAAAAAGAAAAAUAGUUUGGUUGGACGCAACGACACAUGCUAGAGAGUGGCUAACGACCGCUACGUUGUUCAAGAUCGUGAAACAUAUGCAAGAUAAUUACAAUGGGGAUUCGCUCGUGAAGUCACUGCUUGACAAAUAUGAUUGGCACUUCAUUCCUAUUGUGAACCCAGAUGGAUACGACUUUACUUGGACACAAAAUCGAAUGUGGAGAAAAAAUCGUCGAAUGAACAUGAAGCCUCGGUGCCCUGGUGUCGAUCUCAACCGAAAUGCAGACAAUGCAUGGGGAACAACCGGAAGUGGUGAAGAUGAAUGCUCUGAGAUAUACAGAGGACCAAAGGUUGCCUCGGAGCCAGAGACACAAGCUCUCAAGAGGCAAUACAAUUUACUUGGGCAAAACGUCUUGGAAGUUAUUAACAUUCAUGCUUAUGGUCAAUACUGGAUGACUUCUUACGGGCACGUGAACCCUGUGACAAAAAAGUGUUACGAAGCACCUGAUGAAAAAGAAACGGUAAGAAUUGCAAAUGCAGCCGCUGAUGCCAUUCAGGAAGUUUUCAACACAACUUGGAAAAGAGGACCAACAUGCACAACCAUGUACAUUGCAUCAGGUUUGCUGAUUGACGAUGCCAAGGACAGGUCCGGCAUAAGAUACACGGCAGUUCCCGAGGUCAGAGGAAAUGGAUUCGUCGUACCUCCCUCUGAAAUCACUCCUUCCUUCAAAGAAAUUUGGGCAGGUGUCACUGCCAGUAUCAAGGCCAUUGAAGAUGGUCCAUUCUUUAGUGAUAAUUAACUUUAAACCUCAAAUGCCAAAAAUUUAUUACAAUGGAUGUUCAAAAUUUUUGACAAACUUUUAAUAUCGCUGUUAAUGUAGACUAGCUUUCUGAUCAAAUUUUGGUGUCGAAUACAAAAACGUUCAUCACCAAAA